GGGACCUGAACGCAGGCUGGUGCAGACAUGGUGCCCCUGCUGCUGCUGCCCCUGCUGUGGGGGGGCCUCGGUUUCCCCGCAGGGUCCCUGCAGGAGGACUGGGGGUACAAGCUCCAAGUGCAGGACACGGUGACGGUGCCAGAGGGUCUGUGUGUGCACGUGCCCUGCGCCUUCUCCUAUCCCGGGAGCUUGUGGUCUACCCGUGAGAGGCCCUACAUGUACUGGUUCCGGAGUGGGAGUGGGGACAGCUCCCAUAACUCUCAGCCUGUGGCUACAAAUGAUCAAAAAAAAAAGGUGAAGACAGAGUUCCGGGACCGGUUCAUCCUCGUCGGGAAGCCCUGGGAAAACGACUGCUCCCUGAGAAUCAGAAAGGCCAGGAGGAGCGACCAGGGACUCUACAGGUUCCAAAUAGAGACAUACCAUGGGAGAUAUACUUACAGAGAUAAGCAGCUGAACCUGCAGGUGGCAGCCCUGACACAGGAACCCGACAUCCAUUUUCCGGAGCCCCUGAAGUCUGGCUAUCCCACGAACCUGACCUGUAGUCUGCGGGGAAUCUGUGAAGAAGGAGGACCUCUCAGCUUCUUCUGGAUGGGGGGUGUUCUUGAUCCGCUGGACCCCCAGACCCUCCACUCCUCGGUGCUGACCCUCACCCCGAGGGUGCAGGACCAUGGCAGCAACCUCACCUGUCAGGUGCACCUGCCAGAAGGUCAGGGCACCGUGGAAAGAACCAUCAGGCUCAAUGUCUCCUACGCUCCACAGUUGAUGACCACGCGCGUUUUGCAGGGAAACUACUCAGUCCCGAAGAUGCUGAGCAACGGCAUGUCACUGCCUGUCUUGGAGGGUCAGUUCCUGAGCCUGGUCUGCAUCGCUGACAGCAACCCCCCUGCCAUGCUGAGCUGGUCCCGGGAGGGCAAAGCCCUGAGCCCCUCCCAGCCCUCGGCGCCUGGGGUCCUGGAGCUGCUCCACGUAGGGGUGGAAGAUGAAGGGGAAUUUACCUGCCAGGCUCAGAACACGCUGGGCUCCCAGCACAUCUCCAUCAGCCUCUCUGUGCGCAACCCCCCGCGGCUGCUCAGCCCCUCCUGCUCCUGGCAGGGCGAGGGGCUGCGCUGUAACUGCUCCUCCCGAGCCCAGCCGGCGCCCAACCUGCGCUGGCGGCUGGGGGAGGAGCUGCUGGAGGGGAACCAGAGCAACGCCUCCUGGACCGUCACCUCCAGCUCUGCGGGGCCCUGGGCCAACAGCUCCCUGAGCCUCAGUGGGCCGUUGGGUUCCGGCCUCAGACUCAGCUGCGAGGCCCGGAAUGACCACGGGAAACAGAGCGCCGCUGUCCUGCUGCUCCCAGGGAAACCGGUGCUCCUGGUAGGAGCAGUGCCCGCAGCUCUUGGAGGUGCCGGUGCUAUGGCUCUGCUGUCCCUAAGUCUGUGCCUCCUCUUCUUUUGCGUAGUGAAAGCCCGCAGGAAGCAAGCAUUCGGGAGCCGAGAGGGCCUGGAUGACGAAGAUCCUGUCAUGGGUACAGUGGCCUGGGGUUCCAGGCAAAAGUCCUGUCCAGACAGCCCCCCAACCCAAGCAACCCCUACUGGGGAUGCCCCUCCCUCAGGGGAGCAACAGGAGCUCCAUUACGCCUCCUUCAGCUUUCAAGGGAUGAAGCUGAGGGAGCCUAAGGAUGAGGAGAGCGUAGGCACCAGCGUGUACUCAGAGAUCAAGACAAAUGAGGACGGCUUAGAGCUUGGGGCUGGCCCAAGGAAUCGCAGCUCCUGGGGCAGAGGAGAAGUCAGGCACUAAUCAGCAAAGCAUGUGGACCCCUGUGGCAAUAUGAACAGGAAGGACUGGCCGAACGUACCCAGGUAGAGCCGACUCGGGCUCUCAUGUAGGCUGCCAAGGAAGUCACUUCAUCUUUCUGUGCCUCAGUUUCCUGUUCUGUAAAUCAGAGAUCACGCAUUCUGCCUCAGAGGUGGUUGUGGACAUUAAAGAAAUUAACACACAGAAAUCAACCAACAAAAGUCCCGUCUCAACUGCCUUACCUAUGCUCAGUACCUACUGCUCUCUCUUCUUUGGACAGAAAAAUAAUUGGCAAGUUACCCUGAGGCUCGGGAUGACCAGGUCCAGAGCACAGCGUAGCGACCUGCUGGUGUCAUUCUCCUUCCCAGUGCUCUUCAGAGCCCCCUCAGGGAAAGAAAGACCAGUCGCUCAGCCUGGUGUUUGCUUCAUGACAUAUGUGCCUCUUAUCAUCUCUGUGGAGUCUUCUCAUCGCACUUGUACCUGUCAAUUCUUCCAGCACAUUCCUUCACCUCCUGACCUCCAGUCCCUUCCCUGUCUCACGGAUGGGCCCCACAGCGAUGUGUCCAGCAGCCAGAGAGCUGACGCGGGGUCUCCUGCACAACCGCCUUCAAGGCUCUCUGGCCUUAGACAAUACAUCACGAGCAUUGGCUGCCCCCAGCUUUUAAAGUCCAUCACGCCCUCCCUGCUAGCUACUGUUGGAAAAGAAACCACAGACGCGAAGUGGAGACACUUGCCCCCACAACUGAGCAAACCAAGAGUAACAGCAGUCUCAACCUCUCCCAGAAAUGUGGCCUUUCAACAGAGGGUCUGAAAUUUCCUGGUCAGCCCUGAUGAGGUCACCAGCAGGGUGAGAGCUUCCCCCCAAAAAUGGC